AUGAACAACAACACUUUCAGUACUACCAACAUCAAUGACGACUACAUGUUAUUCCCUUAUAAUGAACAUUAUUCCUCACAACCAUUACUCCCUUUUAGCCCUUCUUCUUCCAUUAACGAUAUCUCGAUUCACUCCACCUCAAACAAUCAUCUUGACCAUCAUCAUCAAUUCCUACAAGCACCCUCUCUUUUUUCUCAAUUCGAACUCGUCCCGGAAUUUGCCCUCCUCGCCUCUUUCCACCCUCAAAACCAUGAUGAUAACCAAAACAUUCCAACUAAUGACCAUCAUCAUCCAUCACUUCUCCUUCCCUUGAACGACCCUAUUGGAGAAUCUCAACUCGUUGAGCCCUCGGAAACCAUAACACACCUAGAAGAUUCCCGGAGAAUCUCAGCUUCUCAAGACCCAAAAAUGAAAAAAGUUAAGAAACCAACCAGAACGGACAGGCACAGCAAGAUCGAAACGGCUAGUGGGACACGAGACCGUAGGAUGAGACUCUCAGUAGAUGUUGCUAAAGAGUUGUUCGGCUUACAAGACAUGCUUGGAUUCGACAAAGCCAGCAAAACCGUUGAAUGGUUGCUCACACAAGCAAAACCGGAGAUCAUAAAGAUCGCGAAAAACCUUACUCACCAGUGCGGCUUCAGCAGCGGCGACGAGUCUCAAACCCGACCGGCAUUAGGAUCCAUGGACACAUCGUCCGAUCUAUGCGAACUUGCAUCCAUGUGGACAGUAGACGAUCGAGGCAGCAACAUUACUACGACCGGUACUUACGUUAACCGUUGCCUUGUUCUUUCAGAAAUAUAA